ACUUUUAUUUCGUCUCUUGUAAACAACUUAAUUUACCUGGAUAUUCUAGAUCUAUUCUCAAUUCUGUUGACAUUGCUUACUCAACUUACUGUGGCUGGGCUCUAAAAUUCUAGCAUAUAUGGACAACACUAUAGAUGCAUUUGAUUUGAUUGGCUUUAAAGAGAGCUUAGGCUCAGAUGAACAGUUUUGGAAAAGUUGCAAUGAUGAAGAAGAUGAAGAUGAAUGUGAAGAAUUCACUGAAGCUGAAUUAGCCAACAAUCCAGAUAAAAGAAUCCUGUGGGCUGCUGAAAAUAACAGAUUAGAUGUAGUUCAGGAGAUUUUGGCUUCAGAGCCACACUUGGUUAAAACCUGCGACUCUGACUUGUAUACUCCCCUUCAUAGAGCUUCAUACAACAACCAUAGAGAUAUGGCUGAGCUUCUUUUAUCUCAUGGUGCUGAUGUAACAUCUAAAACUGCUGAUGGCUGGCAACCAUUGCAUAGUGCUGCUCGUUGGAACUCUGUUGAAACUGCCCAGUUGUUGAUAGAUGCUGGUGCUGAUGUUAAUGCUCAGACCAAUGGAAGUUUGACGCCAUUGCACAUGGCUGCAUCAGAACCAGAAAAUAGGCAAAUGCUGGAGCUUUUGCUUAACUGCCCUUUCAUAGACACAAGUAUCAAGUCUAAGGCUGGAGAAACUGCCAGAGAGAUUUGUUAUAGGUGCAGCCCAAACUAUAAACUCUUUGAUCUGACAGAUGAAUGCAUUAACAUGUUUCCUACUUCAUCAUAGAUUGAUUCAGAAAACAUUUUGUAUAAUAAGUAAACUAUAUUUAUACAAGAUAAAAUGUAUAAAUAUUACAUAAGUAAUGAAACAAAAUAUUAAGAAUACUAAGUUUAUUAACCAUAGCACUUGUGAAUAUGUUUUUAAAACUCAAUGUACAAUAAUUUAUCUAAAUUCUAAAACAACUAACCAUAUAUACCGGUACUACAUAUUUGUGUAAAUAUAUGUAUAUUACUUUAGAUUUAAUUCUAUGUUCAUUCCAACGGUAGCCUAUUAAUAAGUAAUGUUCUUUGCAGGAAUAUAUAUGUUUAUAUAAAAAAAAUUAUGUCAAUAAAUGUUACUGGCAAUCAGUAUGUAUAUAAUAUACAAAUUGUUUUUAGUACUCUUAUUUUAGUAGUUCUAGGAGUGUUAUAAAUUUUAAAACUUUCCUAAGACCGGGCUAUAACACGACAAACAAAAAACAAUUAUAUAAAUUGCUAAUCAUUCAAAUUUAUAUAUGUGAGUGCACGACUUGCAAAACAAGGAUAGUCUCAGGAAAACAAUGCACUUUUAAGUUUAAAAGCAGUAAUCACAAUACACACAAAAAGUGUGUUCAAGAAAUUUUAGUGCUUUCUGUACAGUAUUCUCCGAUACAAGAUUCUGCAUUAUCAUGUUAACCAAUCUGUGCACAUAAAACCAGAAAGCACAACACAAAAAAAAAAUGUUUAGGUUAAAUAAUAAAUGUAUUUUUAUUACAACUACCAUCAUAACAGGUAAUUACAUUGUGCUAACGGAUAAAAAUGACAUGCACACAAUAUGGAGAAUAUAGCAUGAGGUGGUGAAAGUGUCUCUUUCAAAAAACCACUUAUUCUUAUUAUCAUCAAGUAAUCCUUUAAACUUUGCUGCUGGUAGAAAACAGAGCAAGCAAUCCUGCUGCAGAUCCCACAGAAAAAGAAUAAUUA